AUGGCGGUUUCUUUCGCAAACGUCAACUCUGAGGCAGGGCUGAAAAAGCUUGAUGAGUACCUUCUCACUCGCAGCUACAUCACUGGCUACCAAGCUUCCAAGGAUGACCUGGCUGCCUACUCUUCAUUUUCGGCUGCUCCCUCAUCCAAGUAUAUCAACGUAGCAAGGUGGUUUAGUCACAUUGAUGCACUCCUGAGGCUGAGUGGAGUUACUGCAGAGGGCCUAGGUGUCAAGGUUGAGUCAUCAGCAGGUCCUUCAGCCUCAACUCCUGAUGUUGCUGAGGCCCCAGCUGCUGACGAGGACGAUGAUGAUGAUGUUGACCUUUUUGGUGAGGAGACUGAAGAGGAGAAGAAGGCUGCUGAAGAGCGUGCUGCGGCUGCCAAGGCUUCUGGCAAGAAGAAAGAAUCUGGGAAGUCGUCAGUUUUGCUUGAUGUGAAGCCAUGGGACGAUGAGACUGACAUGGCCAAGCUCGAGGAAGCUGUUAGGAGUGUCCAGAUGGAAGGGCUGUUUUGGGGCGCAUCCAAGCUUGUCCCAGUUGGAUAUGGCAUCAAGAAGCUGCAGAUCAUGAUGACCAUUGUCGAUGACCUCGUCUCUGUCGACACUCUCAUUGAGGACCAUCUCUGCGCUGAGCCAGUGAGCGAGUACGUCCAGAGCUGCGACAUUGUCGCCUUCAACAAGAUCUUUUGUAGUUAUUACUCAAAACUUUUCUGCUUUUGA